AUGGCCUCUAACCAGAUACCGUUCUCUGGUGAGGGGCGUUGCGCCCUGAGAGGAUCGUGUGGAACUAAAGGAUGGUUUGGAAAGCCUCUGCCAUGUCCAUAUGAUGGACCUCCUGUCGACCCCGACAGCAAAGCACGCACCCUUCUCACGUCAGUUUGCGGUGAAGAGUUCGCCGACGGGCCUGCUUGUUGUGAUACGGAUCAAUUGGAAGUUCUACGCGACAACCUGGCACAAGUGGAAACCCUAAUAUCCUCAUGUCCUGCUUGCCGCAACAACUUCCGUUCCUUCUUCUGCCAUUUUACUUGCUCCCCCCAACAGGCUACAUUUGUGAAUGUAACUUCUACCCAGAAGUCUUCAACAGGUCAGACGGCUGUGAAGUCUCUCGAUUUUUUUGUUGGUGAACGAUUCGGGGAGGGUUUCUUCAACAGUUGUGAGAAGGUUCAAGUAGGCGCAGCUAACAGCUAUGCCAUGGAUCUCAUCGGCGGAGGAGCUACAAAUUACACCGGGUUCUUGAAAUAUCUGGGCGACGAGAAAGACUUGGGGAGUCCGUUCCAAAUUAAUUUUCCUCCUCCUUCUACUUCCUCGGAAUUGGAGCCAUACGACAGACAGACUAGGAACUGCUCAGACAACGAUCUUCUCAGCCGUUGCACAUGCAUAGACUGCCCACAGGUUUGCCAAGCCCUCCCUCCCCUCCCUGCGCCAGACGAGCUUGAUACAUGUCGAGUUGGUGCAACGUCGUGUCUUACUUUUUUUUUGGUUCUUGCUUACGGACUCUGCGCAUUCGCAUUCGUUUCCGGCUUCAGCUUCCAAAGGGCGCUUAGUCUUCGUAAAGAGAGGAAACGUGCCCGAAUGGUUUUGUCUGCCGAAACUGCAUCAGAUACCCCCCUCUCUCCGAGGUCGCAUACACGAGGUUUGGUUGGCGCCCCCUCGCUAGCACAUAAUAUCGACGGCGAACAAUCGUCGAACAGUCAAGCAGAGUCUCGUAUGGGUCGCGGAUUGACUCUGGACCCCAUAGAAACCGUCCAGCCCCGCCAAUAUCGCCUGAACUCUAUCCUCCGUUCUUUCUUCUACCGGGUCGGUUCCAUAUCUGCCAACUACCCAUGGUUAACAUUCGCAGUGAUGUUCACUGUGGUUGGACUGCUCAAUAUAGGCUGGAAGAACUUCAGCGUGGAGACAGAUCCAGUGAGACUGUGGGUAGCGCCUGACUCGGAGAGCAAGAUUCAAAAGGACUUCUUCGACCAGAACUUCGGGCCUUUCUAUCGUACGGAGCAGAUCUUUGUGACCUCAUUGCCUGUUAAACCACCAGUUCUGUCCUGGGACCAUCUCAAGUAUUGGUUCGAUGUGGAAAACGAUAUUCGUUCCCUCCGCUCUUCACCAAAUGGAUACCGCCUUUCAGAUGUCUGUUUCAAACCCGCUGGGCCGCGUGGCGCCUGCGUCUUCCAGUCCGUCACUGCAUGGUUCGGAAAUGAUAUCGACAAUACAAGCCCCGAUACUUGGGCUGAUCGCAUACAACAGUGUGCGCAUACCCCGGCAGAAUGUCUGCCUGACUUCCAACAGCCCCUAGGCCCGAAGUAUGUUCUAGGCAAGGUGCCAGAUUCUGAGCGGGGGUACUUGGAUGCGGAGGCUUUAGUCAUCAAUAUCGUUGUCUCCGACUCGCUCGAUCCGGAGGUGCAGGAGAAGGCGAUGGAAUGGGAACGCACUUUGCGGGAAUAUCUCUAUGACCUCAGUCAGAGAGCUCCCGAGCAGGCCGGACUAGAGAUUGCGUUCUCUACUGGAGUAUCUCUCGAAGAGGAGCUCAAUAAGAGCACGAACACGGAUGUCAAGAUCGUCGUCCUAUCGUACAUCGCUAUGUUUAUCUACGUGUCACUGACGCUAGGUAAUGGUUUUGUAGGCCGUGAAGAAGAGGGUACCCUAUCAUCCCUCUGGAACUGGGCCUCGAACUUGCCGCGCCUGUUCACGCGUUUACACUUGUCUUCCUCCUCUAUAUCGGUCGACUCUCGGAACGUCCCUCGGAUCUUCCCUCGUCUCCCGCGCAAGCUCUUCGUUGGUUCUAAACUAACAUUGGGCUUGUUCAGCAUUGCACUCGUCAUCCUGUCUGUUUCCUCUUCCAUUGGCUUCUUCUCUGCCGCUGGCGUGAAAGUGACUCUUAUCAUUGCCGAGGUUAUACCUUUCCUCGUAUUGGCCGUUGGCGUGGACAAUGUUUUCAUUCUAGUCCAUGAAUUGGAUCGCCAGAACCUGCUGCACGGUCCGAACGCUGCUUCGCCGGAACAGGCAUUGAAUUUCUCUGUUGCAGCGUCCCCUACGUCUAGGCGCUCGCAUUUCGAGUCAUCCCGCGACGCGUCAGUCGAUGCGGCGUCUAUGCCUUUGUAUCUGUCGCCGGAAGAGCGCGUGGUGAGAACGCUGGCGAAGAUGGGACCAUCCAUAUUGCUUAGUACCAUAACCGAGACCGUCGCCUUCUCUCUCGGUGCGUUGGUACCCAUGCCGGCUGUCAGGAACUUCGCUCUCUAUGCCGCGGGAAGUGUGUUCUUGAACGCCCUGUUGCAAAUCACUGUAUUCGUCAGCGCUCUUGUCCUCGAUCUGCGCCGGAUAGAGUCAGGUAGAGUCGACUGUCUGCCAUGUAUCAGGCUUCCUUCCAGAAUUCAGCUCCUUGAAGCCCCAAGAACCGGUAGUGGCCUAGGCCUCAUCGCAAGGGGCAUCCGCAAAUAUUAUGCCCCGUUUCUGCUUCGCCCGUUCAUAAAGGGAAUGGUCCUCUUAUCUUUCGGAGGUGUUUUCAUUGCCUCUGUCAUCUCUAUUCAACACAUUGAGCUUGGACUUGACCAACGGCUGGCUUUACCGUCGGAAUCCUAUCUGAUUCCUUACUUCAACAACCUCGACACAUAUCUAGACAUUGGCCCCCCUGUCUACUUCAUCGCUCAUGAUAUCGAUGUCACGCGACGACCAGGCCAGCAAAGUCUCUGCGGCCGGUUCACCACUUGCGACGAUUCAUCCGUAGCCAACAUCUUGGAAGCUGAACGUAAACGUUCCGAGGUGUCUUUCAUCUCACAGCCCACCGCAUCGUGGAUCGACGACUUUUUCAACUGGCUGAACCCGGCCGUGGAGACCUGUUGUCGUGUCCGCAAACGGGACCCCAGGACAUUCUGCACAGCGCGUGAUUCCCCUCGGUUAUGCCAACCUUGCAUGCAGGACAAAGAGCCGGCGUGGAACAUCACCAUGAACGGGCUACCUGAGGGCGAGGAGUUCAUGCGUUAUCUACGGCAGUGGUUAGUAUCGCCUACCUCGGAAGAGUGUCCACUGGCUGGACAGGCAUCAUUUGGAACUGCGCUGUCAAUCAAUUCGGAAAAAGACGACGUCAUCGCAUCCCACUUCCGAACGUUUACCUCUCCACUCAAGGGUCAGGCUGACUUUAUCAAUGCGUUUGCGGCUGCACAUCGCAUCGCGGACGACCUCUCUGCGCAAACUGGCGCGACCAUCUUCCCGUACUCUCUCUUUUUCGUGUUCUUCGACCAGUACGCACACAUCAUAUCCAUGACCCAGGAGGUCCUUGGGUUGGGCCUCGCGUCCGUGCUUAUUGUCACCGCGCUGCUUCUCGGCUCCUGGCGCACGGGUACCAUCGUCACGGCGGUUGUCGCUCUGACUGUGGUGAAUGUGAUGGGCAUGAUGGGCUUGUGGGGGAUCAGCCUGAACGCCAUCAGCCUGGUGAACCUCGUUAUCUCGCUAGGGAUUGCUGUCGAGUUUUGCGCGCACGUUGCAAGGUCGUUCAUGAGCUCUGGGUCUGGCCUGCCUAUGGAUCAUCCGGCUGGACAGAAGGAGCGCGAUGAGAGGAUGUUAAUAGCAUUGGUUGAUGUCGGCCCAUCUGUUUUGUCGGGAAUUACUCUCACAAAGCUAAUUGGCAUGAGUGUGCUCGCUCUUACACGUUCGAAGCUUCUCGAGAUCUAUUACUUCCGGAUGUGGCUUACCCUAAUUAUAUCUGGAGCAUUGCAUGGGCUCGUCCUGCUACCCGUCGUAUUAAGCAAAGCAGGUGGUCCAGGAUUCCCUCUACAGGAAGCGGACGAGGAAUGGAUGUCGAACGCCAUCAGGCAUGACUACGAAUAUGCACCUUUCCUUGCUGACGACGACUCCAUUCAUAGCGACGACUAG